AUGACUAACCAAGAAUUUGACUUCACCGACCAUUCCCACAGACGUUACAACCCAUUGACAGACUCUUGGAUCUUAGUGUCCCCUCACAGAGCCAAGAGACCUUGGUUAGGCCAAAAGGAAACUGUUGCAAAGAACACUAUACCAGAAUACGACGAAAAAUGUUUCCUAUGUCCAGGUAACGCCAGAGUAACCGGUGGUGCCAAUCCAAAAUAUGAAUCUACUUAUAUCUUCCAAAACGAUUUCGCAGCUGUUAAGACUGAACAACCAACUUUACCUGCUCAUAUGGACUUUAAAGAUCCUUUAAAGAACAAAUUAUUUAAGGUGGAAUCCGUUAGAGGUAACUGUUUUGUCAUCUGUUUCAGCCCAAAGCAUAACGUUACCAUCCCACAAAUGAAGCAUGACGAAUUAGUCAACGUUGUCGGUGCUUGGCAACAACUUUACAAUAAUUUGAGCAAAGAAGCUAGGGACGAUGGUAAGCCAUUCAAAUAUGUUCAAAUCUUUGAAAAUAAAGGUACCGCUAUGGGAUGUUCCAACUUACAUCCACAUGGUCAAGCUUGGUGUUUGGAAUCCAUUCCAAGCGAAGUUUCUCAAGAAUUAAAAUCUUUCCAGAAAUAUAAGACUGAGAACCAUUGUGAUCUAUUGGGUGACUACGUCAAAUUGGAGUUGCAAGAAAGAACAAGAAUCGUGGUGGAAAAUGAUAGCUUCGUAUGUGUCGUUCCAUACUGGGCUGUUUGGCCUUUUGAAACUAUGAUUGUUUCCAAGAAAAAGAUUGCCUCCGUCGCCCAAUUCAAUGAUAAGGAAAAGGAUGACUUAGCCUCUAUCUUGAAGACUUUGACUGUUAAGUAUGAUAAUCUUUUCGAAUGUAGUUUCCCUUACUCUAUGGGUCUACAUCAAGCUCCAUUGAACGCAACUGGUGAAGAAUUGGAAAAUAGUUGGUUCCAUAUGCAUUUCUACCCACCACUAUUAAGAUCUGCCACAGUUAGAAAGUUCUUGGUCGGGUUCGAAUUAUUGGGUGAACCUCAAAGAGAUCUGACUGCUGAACAAGCUGCUGAUAGACUAAGAGCUUUGGAUGGUGAAGUUCAUUACACAGAAAAAUUAUAA